CAGCACUUGAAUUCAUUUCAUUUCGGUUCGGGUCGUCGAAGAGUGAAAACGUCCAACACUGAUCUGUUGCCCCGUUUAUGGACUAGCGUUGCGGAAAUAAAACACCAUAUAUGCUAUAUGCUAUAUGCUAUUAGCUACACAUCAGUGCAGAGAUACGGCGGUCCAGUAGUGCGAUUAACAACGACUUGUCGCCGGCAAAAGUGACAAGAGCCAAACAAGUUUGCCUCGAUUUUUGUACACCUAGAUCUCGCGAGAGCAAGGCGAAAGCCGCCGGCUGGGCUUAAUUAAAUUAAUAUAAUUUCGAGAGAACGCCGCCGCCAUACAGCAGCGAUCUCGAGUGUGUGAGUGCUUCAAUUAAAUUCAAUAAAUCAUAAAUAAGUGAGUGCCAACGGAUCCUGUUUCAGUGGUGUGUGGCUCUCUGGCGCAAUUGUGAUUUAUUGCCCUCAGAGGAUCAAGGGUCCAUUCAAGUGAAAUUACCAAAUUACCAAAAUUACGAAAUUACGAAUGCGAAAACUUAAUUUUGAUGAGUUCCGAUGAAUGCUGAAUCGACAAUGUUCCCUCUCGCAUUCCUCGCCCUCUUGGCUCUGACCUCUCACAUCGAAGCAUUCAAUUUUAUGCCGCGACCCAGUCGGGUGAUAAACUCUCCGAAGCAUCUGAAGUUCCACAUAAAUCAGACGCGCAGCUCCUACUUUGGAUACACGCUCGUCAUCCGCCAGACCAGCAUCAUUGUGGGAGCCCCUAGAGCUCAAUCCACCUUGGAAUCGCAACGCACCAUCAACGAAACGGGAGCGAUCUACAGGUGCUCCCUGACCAACAGUGUGUGCAGUCCAUAUGUCCUGGAUUCCCGGGGCAAUGUUGAUGCACCCUACAGUGAGUACACAUUUGAUUCGGAACGCAAGGACUUUCAGUGGCUGGGCGGAUCGAUGGACGGCGGCACCAAGGACACGGACAAGCUCCUCGUGUGUGCUCCUCGGUUCUACGCGCCCAGCUCCCGGGACUACCACCUGCAUGGAGUCUGUUACUGGGUGCAUAAUACGGUGGCCAGCACUCCGCAACACGUUACCCGCAUCUCUCCACUUCGCCUGAAAUCAGAACAGGUGAUCGAAGAGGAUAACGGCAACAAGGCUAGCUUCUUCUACAUAAUGGGCGAACUGGGAUUAAGUGCCCAUGUGGCGGACGAUAAUACCAAGUUCCUAAUUGGAGCCCCAGGCAUUAAUACGUGGAGGGGGUCGGUGAUUCUGUACCGGCAAGUGGAUCCAGUGGACAACCCAUCCGCCAGCCGACGUGACACCAGCAAGGCGCUCCGACGAACGAUCCGUGAUGUGGACUCCAACGAUUAUACGCCGGAACACUAUGCACCUGAGAUACCUACCCCUGGGCUUUGGGGCCAGGAAGAAGACUCUUACUUCGGCUAUGCCGUGAGCUCUGGCUUCUUUGACAGCUCUAAUCCGACCACGCUCCUCUAUGUGGCCACCGCUCCCCAAGCCAACAAACAGUCCGGUGAGGCGUACAUAUUCGAUGUCCGGGGCAAGAACAUACAUAAGUACCACGUGUUUCGAGGGGAGCAGUUUGGCGAAUACUUUGGGUACUCCGUUCUGGCGGAAGAUCUCAAUGGAGACGGAAAAACAGACGUUAUCGUAUCAGCACCACAGCACGCGCUGGAGGAUUCCCACGACAACGGUGCUAUCUACGUGUUCAUCAACAAAGGCUUUUUCAACUUUGAACGGCAGAUUUUGCGUUCGCCAGUAGAGACUAAGGCGCGUUUCGGCACUGCUCUAUCGCGUCUUGGAGAUAUUAAUCACGAUGGGUAUAAUGAUGUGGCAGUUGGAGCUCCCUUUGCUGGAAAUGGAUCGGUGUUCAUCUACCUAGGCAGCGAGAAUGGAUUGCGGGAGCAGCCGAGUCAGCGCCUGAAUGCUCCUUCCCAGCAACCCUCCAAGUACGGAUCGCACAUGUUCGGACAUGGUCUAUCCCGUGGAUCCGACAUAGAUGGCAACGGAUUCAACGACUUUGCCAUUGGAGCUCCAAAUGCGGAGGCGGUGUAUCUGUAUCGCGCCUAUCCAGUCGUAAAGGUGCACGCCACUGUAAAAUCUGAGUCCCGAGAGAUCAAACCGGAGCAGGGCAAGGUGAAGAUCACGUCCUGCUACAGACUGAGUACUACAUCCACCGCCAAGGUGGCACAAGAACAGGAACUAUCCAUCCGCAUCGUCAUGGAUAAACAGCUGAAGCGGGUUAAGUUCACUCAGACUCAGACCAAUGAGAUAAGCUUCAAUGUAAACGCGAAUCUCGGCGAGCAGUGCCGCGACUUCGAGACUCAGGUGCGGUACAGCGAGAAGGACAUAUUCACUCCCAUUGAUCUGGAGAUGCACUACGAACUGAAUAAGAAAGUUCCCGACUCGGAGGAAUUUUGCGAAACAUGUGUUGUAGUCGAUCCAAUGGAACCGAAGGUAUCCACACAGAAGAUAAUCUUCAGCACUGGCUGUGCCACCGAUGUUUGCACUGCAGAUCUGCAGUUGAGGAGCAAGAAUGUGAGCCCCACAUACAUUUUGGGCAGUGCCGAUACACUGCGCCUGAAUUACGAGAUCACGAACAUCGGUGAGACCGCCUACCUGCCCCAAUUCAACGUGACUAGCACUUCCCGCCUGGCUUUCGCUCAGGUGCCUGGAAACUGCAAGGUGGCCGAUGCAGUUAUGGUGUGCGAUCUAAACCGCGGACGACCCCUGGCUAAAGGUGACACCGACUCCGUGACCAUCAGCUUCGAUGUGAGCCAACUCAGCGGACAGUCGCUGAUCAUCCAUGCCGAAGUAUUCAGUACGGGAUAUGAGAAGAAUCCCACGGACAACAGGCAGACCAACGUGAUUGGUCUGAAGGAGUUCACCGAAAUCGAUGCCAGCGGUGGCCAAACGAACAGUCAAAUCGAUUUGGAGCACUACAGUAACUCCGCGGAAAUCGUGAACAACUACGAGAUCAAGAGCAAUGGGCCCAGUGUAAUCGAGCAGUUGACGGUGUCAUUCUACAUACCCAUUGCUUAUAAGGUGGCUGGCUCCACUGCCAUUAUACCGAUCAUCAACGUGACCAGCCUGAAGAUGCAGGCCUCCUACGAUAGCCAGCUCUUGAGCAUCGAUCUCUACGACCACAACAAUACCAUGAUCGUCAUGGACCCCGUUGAGGUGACCACCACGCUGAAAGGCGGCUUGGAGCGGACUGUGAUCACCCAGAACAGACAGAGCUACGACAUCCACACCAGUGGCCAUGUGCACCAGACCAUGGAGGUUCUCGAUACCAGUAUGGUGGCAACAGCUUCCAUGUCCCGAAAGCGACGGGAUCUCAAGGCCUUGACCGCCAAUCGGGAGCAAUAUGCUCGCAUCUCGAAUGUCAAGGCACACGAUCUGCUAAGCGAUGACUUUAAGGGCAAGCUGCCUGUAAAUCGCACCAUUGUGUUCAACUGCCGGGAUCCCGAAAUGACCAUUUGUGUCCGAGCCGAGAUGCGAGUGCACUUUAGGCCAGAAAAAUCCAUUAACCUGAAUAUGCGCUACAGUGUCGAUCUGAAUGAAGUUAACGCCAUAUUAAUGGAUCCCUGGGAGUACUUUGUCAUCCUGACCGACCUGAAGCUAGAGAAGAAGGGCGAUCCGACCUCAACUUCAUUUUCGAUCAAUCGAAGCAUCGAACCGAAUAUUAUAUCCAAGCAUCUGGAGGCGGGACUACCGAUUUGGAUCAUUAUUGUGUCCGUAAUCGGUGGCUUGCUGCUGCUCUCUGCGAUAAGCUAUUUGCUUUACAAGUUUGGCUUCUUCAAUCGGGCCAAGAAGGACGAGCUGGACCGACUGGUGCAGCAGAAUCCCGUCGAGCCUGAGGCCGAGAACCUGAACAGCGGCGGAAACAACUAAAUUUUGCGCUGUGAUUUUCUAGCCGUAGACAUCACAUUCAAAAUGGAUGAACCAGUUACCAAAUCCUAUUUUCACAACGCGAAGACUAUCCACUAAAUGUGUUCUCGUGCAUUUAAGAAAGAAACGAAAGCAGCAGGAGAAAGUCACGAACUACGGGACAUUCAAUGUUCCUCUUGGUUUGAUCUGUAGUGGCAGCAGAAAAGUGCCUUUUAGUUUUUAGGUUACCUCUAAUUUAUACGAGAGUCCCAUGUGUGCUGUACCAGCCAUAUUGCCAUUUGUUGUAUAUAUUUAUUAAAUAUUUUUAUACCCGUUACCUAAAUAGUAUGCAAUAUGUUACUAGAAUAGUAUGCAGCAAGUAAAAGGGAACGCUUCCGACCCAUAAAGUAUAUUCUUUACUUGAUCAGGAUUCUUUUCCGCGUUCCGUCUGUUCAUCCGCACGAACGGAAAAUUCACGCCGACAUUUUUAAAUAUCUAAAACUGAUAUGACGAAGAUAUGAGUUAACCUGACGCCAUUUACAUAUAUAUAUAUAAAUGCACAUUUAUUUAAAAGAUUCUUAGAUGAGUAACGGGUAUCUUAUAGUCGAGAUACUCGAUUUUAACAGUCCCCUUGUUAAUAAACGAUAAUUGUAAUAAAUUUGUAAAGGUAGCUUUACAGGGCGACGUGAAAGACUUUAUUAAUGUAUAAAUUGUAAAAACGAAGCUAGGAUAUUUAAGGAUUUAACAGCUGGUAUAACAAGUAUUCCUGUAUUAUAUUAGAGUAUUAAAACGAUAAAAAAUAAUAAAAGUUAAAAAACAA